ACGCUAAAUACCUCAUUCGAGGCUCGACCGCCGCGCGGGACGGUCCUGUCCAUGAUCGCGACGGAUUUUCGUAUUCUAAUCGAAUGUUGGUGGAUAUUAUUUUAUUACUGCAUAUUUUUAAAUAAAAUUGUCGACUCUAUUUUGCGUAGACUGUUGUGUGGUAUCGCGAAUCUAUGGGAUUUGGACUUAGAAGAUGAUUGAUGUGAAAAUGCUGUGAUUUUACAAGAACAAUUUAGUUUAAUUUAUUUAUUUAUUCAACCUGUGAUAUUUAGUGUGAUUUAGUUAAUUGUUUUAAUUCAAAAUGACGACGGAACAGGCAGGAGUGAUUACUAUUCAUCAAAUGCGAUUGCACCGGUGUGAGGGCUGUUUAGCGGCGUGCGGACGGCAACGCCGCUCCACGCCGCUCCCUACCGUACCCAAGAGUUUGGCCAGGAGUAAAAUAUUAAACCGAGCGCGCCGCGCCCCGUACACCGCCCCGAUGAGUAAAGACAAUUGUGUUAAGAUGGAGGACGCUCCCCCCACGCCGCCGGACAACGAUGCUCCUCCGAUGCCCUGGUUCGGCAUGGACAUCGGCGGUACCCUCACGAAGCUGGUCUACUUCGAGCCUCGGGAGACGAACCGGCGCGAGCUGGACAAGGAAACGGAAGUGCUGAAGAAUAUCAGACGAUAUCUUACGAGGAACUCGGCGUACGGGAAGACUGGCAGACGGGAUGUACAUUUACAGAUGGACAACGUAACAAUCCGCGGUCGCCGCGGCACCCUACACUUCAUAAGGUUCCCAACCUCAGAAGUGGGGGCGUUCCUCCAGCUGGCCAGGUCUAAAGGCAUGGCGGACCUCGUCAACACUAUAUACGCGACCGGCGGCGGCGCCUACAAGUUCGAGGAGGACUUUAUUAAGGAAGUAAACAUGCGUCUCAGCAAAAUGGACGAGUUAGACGCUCUCAUAGCGGGUGUCCUAUUCGUGGACGGCAUGAACUCCCAGGAGUGCUACUACUGGGCGCCGCCAGAUGAACACGCUGUACAUACGCAUGUUAGUGAUUCGCCCCCCUACUCGGAAGCAGCCCUAAGCGUCUACGUUCGUAAGCCGUUCGAUUUCUCGGAGCCCUAUCCGUUCCUCCUCGUGAAUAUCGGCAGUGGAGUCUCCGUGCUGGUGGUUAACGCGCCUGAUGACUACUAUCGUGUCAGCGGGACCAGCCUCGGCGGCGGCACAUUCCUCGGUCUCUGCUGCCUCCUAACCGGCUGCAGCAGUUUCGAGGAAGCCAUCCAGCUAGCUGCCUCCGGAGACAACACCACGGUGGACAAGCUGGUGCGAGAUAUAUACGGCGGGGACUACGCCAGGUUCGGCCUGCCCGGCGACCUGGUGGCCAGCAGUUUCGGCCAAAUGUGUUCAGCGGAGCGUCGAGCCAAAGUGUCCCGCGCCGACCUCGCCCGCGCAUGCGUCGUCACCAUCACCAACAACAUAGGCUCCAUCGCCCGCCUCUGUGCCUCCAACGAGCAUAUCGAGAGGGUGGUGUUCUGCGGUAACUUCUUGCGGGUGAACCCUCUCUCUAUGAAGUUGUUAUCGUACGCGAUGUCGUACUGGUCGCGGGGGGCGCUCAAAGCACUGUUUUUAGAACAUGAGGGUUAUUUCGGCGCCGUAGGCUGUCUCCUACACUUAGACUCCCGCUCGCGUCGCCGCAAGGCCGCCGCUCCUGACGGCGCCGCACACAGCUGAGUACACACCGUACAUACCGCACACACACACACAAACCAACAAACAAACUAACUAACAUGUGACUUUGUGACGACAUCAAAAAUCAUCAAAUGUCCCCUCCCGCUGUGGGUUACGCGCGGUGAGGGAGUGUCAGACUCUUACUGACUAAACACCGUCGUGUUCCGUCGUAGGCCGCGUAUGUACCAGCGCCGCGGCAAUGUAGCUUGACCAUCAUCAUCCUUCGAGCCUUUUUCCCAACUAUGUUGCGGUCGGCUUCCAGUCUAACCGGAUGCAGCUGAGUACCAGUGCUUUACAUGUGACUUGACUAUGGAAAACUAAAUGACUAGCAGAGAUGUCAUAACGCAAUAUCUACUAAUAGCCAGUUUCUUCAUCAAAUAUAAAAGCCAAAUUAAUGUCAUAAAGUAAAAGUAACGGUCAAAUUCGUUUUUUUCAAGGCAACAGUAACAGCAAAACUAAUAGAUGAAACAAAUUUGAUCGUUUACUCUUGAUGAAGAAAUUAGCUGUAAGAAAGUACCGCGACAACAUGCGGGGGCAAGGGCCUUAAGACCCAAUCAUUUUUUUUUAAACAACA